GGAGGGAGGGGGUAACUACAAAUGCUCUUGGAGCAUCUGGAUCUCCUCAGUGCUCCUUCUGCUGCAGCCCAUCUUCCAUCAUGGCCUCCUUCAGCUCCUCCGCCCAAAAUGCUUCCUCUUACCGACGCCACUUCGGACACGGAGCCUACGCCUCGCCAUCGCUCAACCGCUCGCUGCUCGGCCACGGCUCCACAGGGGGCAACGUCUCCUCCAGGGUGUACGAGGUGACUCGCAGCAGCUCCACCCCGGCGUACCGUGUCUCCUCCGGUCUCUACGGAAAACCUCAAGCAUCCUCUUCCUCCCGAGCCUCCGCCGGAAGAUGCUACGCAGGAAUGGGCGAGACGCUGGACUUCAGCCUGGCCGACGCCAUCAACCAGGAGUUCAUGACGACAAGAACCAACGAGAAGGUGGAGCUGCAGCACCUGAACGACCGCUUCGCCAGCUACAUCGAGAAGGUUCGCUUCCUGGAGCAGCAGAACCAGGCUCUGGCGGUGGAGGUGGAGCGCGUUCGAGGCCGCGAGCCGACACGCAUCGCCGACCUUUACGAGGAGGAGAUGAGCGAACUGAGGAGGCAGGUGGAGAUCCUGACCAAUCAGAGGGCUCGGGUGGAGAUAGAGCGAGACAACCUGGGGGACGACGUCGACAAGCUGAAGCUCAGGUCGUCAGCGAGUCGACGCAGCACCAGCAGGACAUCAUGUAACCAUCUGCAGAAACAAGAGAAGAAGAAACAACAACACAACGAGUCCCUGAUGAGGCAGAUGCGGGACAUGGAGGACCGUCACGGGCGCGACGCAGGAGGCUUCCAGGACAACAUCACUCGGCUGGAGGUGGAGAUCUCCAACAUGAAGGACGAGAUGGCGAGACACCUCCGAGAAUACCAGGAUCUGCUCAACGUGAAGAUGGCGCUGGACGUGGAGAUCGCCACCUACAGGAAGCUGCUGGAAGGAGAGGAGAGCAGGAUCACCUUGCCUGUGCAGAGUUACUCCACCCUGAGCUUCAGAGAGACCAGCCCUGAGCACCAGCGCAACUCUGAGCUGCAUUCAAAGAAAACCGUCCUCAUCAAGACCAUCGAAACCCGCGAUGGAGAGGUAAAAUAA